UGGACCAUGCGCUUGUGAAGGUGUUGCUGCUCCUCUCUCUAUGAAUGAAGAUUGAACUUCAUCCCAGACUGCAACUUCUUUCUUCUGUCUAACAUCUGUCCUUGGACUCCUGCACCGGCAGAACAUAACAACACGACGGCUGGAGGAGGAGCGCCUCAUCUUCCACCUGGGAACCCUCCAACCACAAGGAGCCGCACUAGGACCACGCAGGGCUGUGGGUCCGACCCGGACCUGCACAUUUCGAUCCGGUGUGCCCGCUCCAGACUCAACAGGCCAGAGUACAACUCCAGCCCCAGGAAUCCAAUAAGGUCUUCGCCUUCCUCGCAUUCCGGAAGACCCACGAGCUAGUAUUUGAUCUGAAGAUGAAGUUUCAAAAUCAACAGAUGAAGGGCUUAUGCCUGAACCAUUGACUCUCCUGCUCCUCGGAUGCUGCCUGACCCGCAGUUUUUGACUCUGAUUCUCCAGCAUUUGUGAGUCACUCAAUCCAUCAGGACUGCAACGAUGUUCGACCUUGAUCCAAUUGGUUCCUGUUUCAGUACGUUUUCAGCAUCAGUGGGACUGGAAGAGAGACCCGACUGUUGCAGCAACGCACGGAGUGUGGAGCCUGAAACAGUUAACUGGCCUGGAAAGAGGAAUUCAAGGCUGGGAGAGGACAUACACGCGUUUGUGUGCAACUGUAGCUUUGGCCAUGGAGAAACCAUGGAAGUGUGGCGACUGCGGGAAAGGUUUCCGUGUCCCGUCUGCCCUGGAGACACAUCGGCGCAGUCACACCAGGGAGAAGCCAUUCUCCUGUCCUGAGUGCGGGAAGGCCUUCAGUGAUUCCUCUGCCCUGCUGAGGCACCGGCGAGUGCACACAGGGGAGAGGCCCUUCAGCUGCCCUGAGUGCAGGAAGAGCUUCAGCGAUUCCUCCGCCCGGCUGAGGCACUUGCGGGUGCACACAGGGGAGAGGCCCUUCAGCUGCCUCAAGUGUGGGAAGGCCUUCAACGAUUCCUCCGCCCUGAUAAGGCACCAGCGGCUGCACACAGGGGAGAGGCCCUUCCGCUGCCCUGAUUGUGGGAAGGUGUUCACUCGCUCCUCCCACCUCGUGAUUCACCAGCGGGUCCACACCGGUGAGAAGCCCUUCCCCUGCCCCAAAUGUGGGAAGGCCUUCAGCGAUUCCUCUGACCUGCUGGCCCACCGGCGGGUCCACACUGGCGAGAGGCCAUUCACCUGCUCUGUCUGCGGGAAGUGCUUCACAUGCUCUUCCGACCUGCUGAAGCACCAGCGUGUCCACACUGGGGAAAGGCCCUACAGCUGCUCUGAGUGUGGGAAGGGCUUUACCCAGGCAUCCCACUUGCUGACACACCGGUGGGUCCACACUGGGGAGAGGCCGUUCACCUGCCUCGAGUGCGGGAAGGGCUUUGCUGUCUCCUCCAGUCUACUGACGCACCAGCGGGUCCACACUGGAGAGAGGCCGUUUGCCUGCCCUGAGUGUGGGCAGAGGUUCACAAUGUCCUGCAGUUUGAACAAGCACCAGCGGAGGCACCAAUGCUCCCAACAAUCAGAUUCUGCCGGUAACGCUGCUGAGGGUCACCCCCAGGACUGAACCUCCUGCCCUUUCUGACA